ACACCCACUUCUGCCAAAUCGAGCAGUAGAUUUGAGUCCAACACUGACCCACAUUCACUGCCAGCUCGAGUUUUCACACCUUCAUCCUCAAUGCGGAGUCCUGACGGUGAGUUUCCACCCGAGACCUGAAGGAAAAAGUCUCCACGGGGAGCCUGAGCUCUUCAAACAGGUGUGUGUGAGUGGCCUCAAGGCCCAAAACAAGACGAAAACACGAGCAAAUCCACCAUGUCCACUGGGAAAAAUGCACCUGUUACAGAAAACUCCAGACAGAUGUCCUUGCAGGCCUGCCUUGAUGAAUGCAUGGAGGCCUUGGAUCUGUUUCUCAAUAACCACUUUAAUGAGAGUUUAGACAAACUGCGGCCCCGGUCUAAGGAGAGCAUGUAUCACGCUUUGAUCUAUGCCACAGUAUUAGAGAUGCAGGCCAUGAUGACCUUCCAACAAGACGACAUCAUGCAUGCUGGGAACACGAUGAAGAGCGCUCAGGAGGUGUGCCAGAGGUUUCGUAAGAAGUCUGGUGGUCUUGGGAGCCGAGGGGCAAAUGAUGAUUUGUCAGAAGAGCAGCUCCAUGCUGAAGUGUGCUAUGCGGAGUGUUUACUACAUAGAGCUGCUCUCACAUUCUUACAGGAUGAGAAUAUGGUGAGUUUUAUUAAAGGAGGAAUCAAAGUACGGAACAGUUACCUCAUAUACAAGGAGCUGCACGCCUUCGUCCAAUCAGGCACCACUUUCAAAGGACCAAACCACAAGCACUUAGAGGGCGGAGUCUCGUUUGGCAUUGGCGCUUUUAAUUUGACUCUUUCACUGUUUCCAGCCCGUAUACUCAAGCUUCUAGAGUUUGCAGGAUUUUCUGGAGAUAAGGAGUUUGGCAUCUCUCAGCUGUACACCGGCGCCACCUCUCAUACCCUGCGCUCCAUGCUGUGUGCCCUUCUCCUGCUCUGUUUCUACACAUUCCUCUCCUUUAUUUUAGGUACUGGAGAAGGGGAGGUGGAAGAGGCAGAGAGACUAUUGAAGCCCUUUCGACUGCGAUAUCCACGCGGAGCGAUUUUUCUCUUCUUUGCAGGACGAGCAGAAGAAAUAAAGGGCAAUAUUGAUGAGGCGGUGGCGCUGUUUGAGGACGGCUGUAAGGCCCAGCAGGCCUGGAAACAGUUUCAUCACAUGUGCUACUGGGAGUUGAUGUGGUGCUUCACCUUUAAGAGAUAUUGGAAGAUGGCCUACUUCUACGCAGACCUGCUCAGCCAGGAGAGCCGCUGGUCUAAGGCCAUGUACGUGUACAUGAAGGCGGCUUAUCUCAGCAUGCUUCCAGACUCGGAAUCGCGGCCGUUCGGGGAUAAUGAGGUCGAUCUUUUUAGACAGGUGCCAACAUAUAAACAGAAGAUAGCAGGUAAAUCUCCACCGACAGAGAAGUUUGCCAUUCGUAAAGCUAGACGGUACAAAGCCAGCAAUCCGGUCAGACUUCCUGUUCCUGUGCUUGAGAUGAUGUACAUGUGGAACGGUUUCUCCAUGAUCAGUAAACAGCCUGAGCUCACAGAGGGUAUGAUGGAGACACUGUUAGAGGCAGAGCGCACCCUACGGGCCUCUCCAGAUAACGAGUACACGGUUGACGACACGUGUUUAAUCCUGCUUCUGAAAGGCCUGUGUCUAAAGAACCAAGGCCAGAUGCAGGCGGCAGAGGACUGUUUUAACCAGGUUUACAUCAGUGAAAAGAAGCUGAAGUUUGAUCAUUACCUUGUUCCUAAUGCUCUGCUGGAGAUGAGUCUCCUGUUUAUAGACACGGGGAGGAAAGAACAAGCCAUUAAACUACUGCAGAAAGCGAAGAAUAACUACAAAGAGUACUCAAUGGAGUCUCGCACACAGUUCAGGGUCCACGCAGCUCUGACCAAACUCAAGGCUGACGUCAGCGACCAAGAGGAAAUUACAGCAUUGUGAGGAAAGUUAAUAUCGUCACUCCUCUGAGGACACGUAUGGUCACUUUAUGGGGAGAAUUUAACACCAACGCCACUGGGUUGUUUUUAUCCAGUGGUGCUGCCAACAGUAAACCUCUAUUACACUUCAGAUAAUGUUAGGACUAUAGGAGAGUGUUUCACAACCACGUUCCUGGAGGACCACCGGCACUGCAUGUUUUGGAUGUCUCUAUUGUCUGUCACACCCAUUACAGGUCUUUCAGUCUCUGCUGAUGUAAAUGUGCAGAGCUGGUGUUCCUCCAUGAACGUGGUUGAGAAACACAGCUAUAAGAGAUGCUAAAAACAGCUUAUUUUUUGCCAAAUCGGUAAUUUUAGUCAGAUAGUAAAUAAAUAGUGAGCAGACUAGAUGGAUGGAUAUUCCAAAUGUAAACCAGGGGUCAAGCUCCUGUGUUAAAAUGUACAUGGGAGCAUUAGAAAUCAAAUUAAUAUAUUUUUUCCCCCUUCAAUUUUGUCAAGUUCUGUACAGGUGUAAUGGGGAAAUGACUGACAGUGUUUACAAAGCAAUUAGACAAACCAUUUUACACUAAGUUCUGUUGAUUAAAACAUGUUGAUUAUUGCAAGGCCGAGCUUGGGAUUGGAUAUUUUUAUUAUUGAUUAUUAUAUCGUUUUCUUGGAAGGAAAUCAAGAGCUUUUAUAAUAAUCAAAUAGUUCAGUGGUUAUGUAACAUUGUAUUAGCAGUUAAUAUUUAAAUCAAACUAUUGAUGUUAAAAUAGUUUUCGGAAUGUGUAAUUUAUGACUAUUUUUAUAGAGAAUUAAGUCAAUCAAUGCAAUAAUUGAGCAAUAAAUAUGGGUUACUGUAUAAAUAAAUCAGUUUUCCAUGACAGAUUA